CCCUACUAGAAGUUGCCGGGCUGGUGUGUGAGCUGCAGCUAGGCCACCCGCUACCUCCCCCUCGCUGCACGCCUUUCGGGUGGACCCUGCAGCCCCCCAUCGACCCGCAUUCCUUCACCGUUCACACCUCCUAACGCCAGCGUAGCGUCACGAUGGCUGUGCGGGCCAGGAGCAGCGAGCUGGCCAAGCAGCUGCUGUCGCGCCAUGCCGCUGCGGGCGUUGCGGCGGCUGGCAGCCGCUCCAUGGCCAGUGGGCACGGCCUGGACCCCGCCCAGAGCUCCCUGCAGCAGCAGUACAUCGACAAGGAGGAGAAGUACGGCGCCCACAACUACCACCCCCUGCCAGUGGUGCUCAACCGCGGCGAGGGGAUCUUCAUGUGGGAUGUGGACGGCAAGCGCUACUUUGACUUCCUGUCGGGCUACUCGGCGGUCAACCAGGGGCACUGCCACCCCAAGAUUUUGGAGGCGAUGAUCGAGCAGAGCCGCAAGCUGACGCUGACGUCCCGCGCUUUCUUCAACGACGCGCUGGGCGAGUACGAGGAGUACAUCACCCGCCUGCUGGGAUACGACAAGGUGCUGCCCAUGAACACGGGCGUGGAGGGCGGCGAGACGGCGGUGAAGCUGGCGCGGCGGUGGGGUUACGACGUCAAGGGCGUGCCCAAGUACCAGGCCAAGAUCCUGUUUGCCGCCGACAACUUCUGGGGGCGCACCACCUCUGCCAUCUCCUCCUCCACCGACCCAGACAGCUACGAGGGCUUUGGACCCUUCAUGCCGGGCUUCGAGGUCAUCCCGUACAACGACCUGCCCGCGCUGCAGGCCAAGCUGGAAAGCGACCCAAACAUCGUGGCAUUCAUGGUGGAGCCCAUCCAGGGCGAGGCGGGCGUGGUGGUGCCCGACGAUGGCUACCUGAAAAAGGCGCAGGAGCUGCUGCACAAGCACAACGCGCUGCUGAUCGCCGACGAGGUGCAGACGGGGCUGUGCAGGACGGGCAAGAUGCUGUGCAGCGAGUGGGACGGCUGCAAGCCAGACAUCACUGUGCUGGGCAAGGCGCUGUCGGGCGGCACCAUGCCAGUGUCGGCGGUGCUGGCAAACGACGAGAUCAUGCUGACCAUCGGGCGCGGCCAGCACGGCUCCACCUACGGCGGCAACCCGGUGGCGGCGCGGGUGGCGGUAGCCUCGCUGCAGGUUCUGGUUGAUGAGAAGUGUGCGGAGAGCGCGGCGCGGCUGGGGCCCAUCUUCCGCAAGGAGCUGGAGGACAUGGGCAGCCCGCUGAUCCAGAAGGUGCGGGGCCGCGGCCUGCUCAAUGCCAUUGUGAUCGACCCGAACGCGGGUGUGGAGGCCUGGGACAUCUGCCUGAAGCUGAUGCGUGAGGGCCUGCUGACCAAGCCCACCCACAGGAACAUCAUCCGCCUGGCGCCGCCGCUGGUGAUCAGCCAGGAGCAGCUGCACGAGGCCACAGGCAUCAUCAAGAAGGUCUUCUCCUCCCUUUGAGCUGGCCCAGCCCAAGCUCGGAGCCAUCUGAGGAGCCCUCCACCCCUGCAUUCUUUCGUCUCCCUGCCUUGUGAGCGAGAGAGAGUGUGUGGCAUUUCGCAGGCCUGCCAGGCCUCCCCAAAACCAACCCGACCUUUGCUUGUGUUCUGUCUGCCAAUGUGUGUGUGUCACAGUGCGGUGUGUGUCUGGCGCCCUGCCUCCCCUGCUCUAAGCUAAUCCAUGUCCCUUGCUGGCCAUUUCAGCAACGAUGUAAUGCAGCAGCACUG